CAAAAACUCAAAUCACAAAGCCGCCAAUAAUUCCCCCCUCUCAAUUAGUCAAUUGCAUUCACAUUUUUCCGAAUCAAUCUCAAUCUAAUGGCCGGCCGAGGAAAGUCACUAGGCGGCAGCAGUGCCGUCAAGAAAUCGACAUCUCGCAGCAGCAAAGCCGGCCUUCAAUUCCCCGUUGGUCGCAUUGCUCGCUUUCUCAAGGCCGGCAAGUACGCCGAGCGUGUUGGCGCUGGUGCUCCCGUUUAUCUCGCUGCCGUUCUCGAGUACCUUGCUGCUGAGGUUCUGGAAUUGGCUGGGAAUGCGGCGAGAGAUAACAAGAAGACGAGAGUUGUUCCCAGGCACAUUCAGCUAGCUGUUCGGAAUGAUGAGGAGUUGAGUAAGCUAUUGGGGACGGUUACUAUUGCUAAUGGUGGAGUCAUGCCCAACAUUCAUGCUCAUUUGUUGCCCAAGAAGGCUUCAUCCGCUUCCUCCAAAAUCGGUGCUGAUGAUGAUUAGAAAUCGUAGUUUGGAUUCAGUUUAGGUUUAUUGAUUUGUGAGUUGUAAUAGAGGGUAAUGCAGUCUUGUUGCAUAUCAAAGGAUAAUCUUUUCUAUUGAAUGGUGAAUGCAAAAGUGAUGGUGGUUCUCUAUGCA